AUGGUAUGAUACCAUAGACAUUAAAACUUAGAUUGCGGCCAUUUUCAUUCUUUUCUCUAUUCUUGUCAUAUGGCUUAUUGCUUUGAUCAGGUUGACGCCAUAUUAAAAUAAUCAAUAAAAUAAGACAAAAUGUCUCCUUACUAAGUGAGUAAAGUUAAUCCAUUAACAUCUAGUUUUUGUGUGAUUAUAACAUCAAGAGGGUUACAAUGGAGAAUUCCUACGGUGUGGGAAUUGAUAAUAGAUACGCUCUUUUCUUGGACGAUGAGUCCGAUCCUCUUGAUGCGUUAAAAGCUCGAGAGCAAGCUAAAGAGCUAAAAAAAAAAACCAAAGAGGCAGAGAAAGAGAAUAAAGGUAGUAAGCCUGAAGCCAAACCUAAAGGCACCAGUGUUGUCACGCGUAAGGGUAUAAAGGAGACCCAAAAUGUCAAGUCUCACGAAAACAAAAAUGGUGAACAACCGAAACCCAAGGGUCCACCUCGGACCAACGAUAGAAAUGGUGAUAGGCCCCCGCCGAGACGUCGCGAGGAGCGCCCACAAAAUGGAGCUGUCGAAGGCAAGGAGGGCGCUCGCCCCCCUCGCCGCGAUGUCGGUGAACGAAGGCCUAAUUUCGAGCGUCGUAACUUCAGUGAUAAUCCAGAAGGUGGCGAACGUCGUGGACCUCGGCCCCCACGUGAACCACGUGACGGGCAACGUGGGCCGAGACCGGGCUACGACGGCCGCGGAAAACGUGAGUUUGACAGGAGAUCCGGUUCGGACAAAACGGGCGUGAAACCCGUCGACAAACGUGAAGGGGCAGGACCCCAUAACUGGGGCACGAUCAAGGACGACCUCGACGAAUUAAACAAGACCGGAUCCGAGGGCGAAGUCGCCGAGGAGAAGCCGGCGGACGCGGCGGCCGCUGGGGACGGGCAGCAGCCCGAACCGGAGCGUGCGCCACCCGCCGAGGAAGAGCCCCGUGAGCUCACCCUUGACGAGUACAAAGCGCUGCGCAACGCACAGCGUACCGCGCCGCAGUACAACCUGCGCAAGGCCGGCGAGGGCGAAGACUUGAGCCAGUGGAAGAACCUCGUCAUGCUCGAGAAGAAGAAAGAGGGCGGGGAAGACGAUGAGACAGAUGAGGAGUAUGACAUCGCAGAUUACCCUCAGCGUGUGGGGCGGCAGAAGCGCGUGUUGGGCAUCGAGUUUACAUUCAAUGACAACUCGCGGCGCGGAGGCACGGGCGGGCGCGGGCGCGGGCGAGGCCGCGGGCGCGGAGGCCGAGUGCCGCGCGAGGAGCCCCCGCCGGUCGAGGAGCGCCCGGCGCCGCGCGGCCAGGUCGCGCCCCCUAAGGUGGACGAUAGCAAGGAUUUCCCCUCUCUAAGUUAGACUCGCAGUGAGUCACCGUUCUUCUCCUCUUUCGAAAGUAUAGAGAUACAUAAUAAAAUUGUAUGUACCGUUAUUUUUGAAGUAAAUAUACAAAAUAUUUACAGAGAUGUGUAUUAUAUUGCAUUGAGUUUUAGUCAUUUUUGACGUACAGUUGUAGAGCCUGCCUGUGGUGUGCAGAGUUUUAACAGUUUUAAAAGAAACCAAAUUCUCUAUCAAGUUUCUGGUGAUGCUCAGGUGUAAAGGGAGGGGGAGGACGAUCAUUUUAAUUUUGCAAACACAUAGCGACAGUAAUGCAUAUAAGAAUCUAUAACAGUAGCUUGUAUUGUAAUCACAUCUGCUUAUAACUGAUGAGUUAUUAUAUACGAUAAGUAUAAAAACUGGCAGACUGUGACAAUAAUGGAUUAACUCUGUCACAAUUUAGCUUAGAUAUUUGUGAACAAAAUAACCCAUUGCAUUUUGUAUCAUGAGUUUGUGUUGACAGAUGCAGACUUCAAACUGUAAAUAGUUAUAAAUGGUUAAAGAUAAGGUCUUUAAUAACAAGGUUGAUUUUUGUUGUUACACAAAUUCUUGAAAUAAACAUUUUGUAUGUGUGAA